CGUCAUUCUAUGUAUUAACGCCCCAUUGAUGGAACCGCAACCUAACAGUUACACCAUAUAGAAACUCACCAACCACACGACGGUAGAGUUUCACACCAACACCAACCCCAAUUGCGUAUCCCGAUUUAAGAAUUCAUAUUCCAACUUUUGCAAAUUUUGAAUUUUGAUAUACACUAUACCACACGAGGGGCCCAGACCCAAACAAAUCAUGGCGGCAUCCCGCCGCGGCCAGCCUGAGCUGCAGGUCCGCCUUCCCUCGUCCCCGAACGCUGCGAUUCCCGAAUUACCCCCCAUAUCCGCCCUGUUUUUGAUCGACUUCGACGUCAAGGCCGGGUAUACCAUCUCGUGGAAGGCUUCUAAACCCGGAGUAGAGCUCGAGGGCGUUGUUGAGUACAAGUCCCUGCCGUCGGGACUGCAUACUGUUUCGGAGGACUUGAUCUACUUCGUGCACGAUGGGUAUGCGGGGUUGAGCGCGUUUGUCAAUGCGCCUGUUGAGGAUAGCGAGGUGCGGAAUGCGAGGAUGCUGGCGGUGGGUGUGCUUGUGCCGCUGAGCUACGGCCGGUUGGGAAGAGCUUGGAGACAUGCUGAGGGGUUGAAGACAAUGGCAUCGACACUCGCUACUAGUACCAAGGACAUCGGUAUAUUAGAGGAGUACUGGGAAAAACAUCAGGCCAAAGAAGAAUCAGUUGCGCCGGUCGAAUCUAUCGAGUCGCCAUCUGUUACGUCUCAACUCCUGCCGAAGCAACCUCAAGGCCACGUUAGGAAUCGUUCGACCUCUGAUGGGGCAACUUUACUACCGCCUGGCCAUAGACUCUCAGCAUACCAUCCUGCCUGGAGCUUGACGAAGCUCUUAGACACGUUUGGGCCCCUGAUAUUUCCAAUAUACCGUGCUGCGUUGUUGCGCAAGCGCAUUUUAAUAUCAUGCCACGCGCCCGUGCAAGAAGCUUGCAACUUCGUUUACGACAUAUCUAUCCUAUCAAACAUUCCGCAACCAAUAUUCGACCUCUUAUCCCCCAGCUCGCCUCCCCACCGCUUACGACCCCUCUUCUCCAUCGGUGUCCACGAUAUCCCCUUCCUCGUUGAGGACUCCAAGCACAGACGCAACAGCGACGAGCCCCUAGACGGCGAUCAUGAGGCUGGAACGGGUUGGGUGGCCUGUACGACCGACAGCAUCCUUGCUAAGAAAGACACGCUCUGGGAUGUCCUCGUCACCCUACCAGCUCCGCACUCCACCAAAGCAGCGCGGCGCAUCUGGCCUAAGAUCGAAGGGCCGGGCGGCAUUCCCAUCCGCGCCUCGCAGCGGGACCUAAGACGUUUCCGCUCUCUCAAGACCGGACUGGCCCGGCUUUCCUCGCAAUUUAGUCCCGGCGCGUCGCCCACCACGCCUCGAGACCCUACCGAGACUAACGACCCGUUUUUUGACGAGGCAGAGGAGAAGGAGGUUGUCGAGCCCUCCAGCUGGGCCGCCCUUGCUUACAACGGCUUCAUGUGGUGGGCCUCAGCCGGCGAGCAAGCCCACACAGAAAUAGCCGAAGAAUCAGCCCACGACGCCGAGCUCCUCGCCGGCAUGGUUGGCUCACCAUCUUCCUCUUCCGCGGUCCGAAUGGAGGCCCCUCUGCUCUCCGCGUCAAUCGCCUCGCUGCCACCCGCCGACCCCAACGAGGCGGGCACAGAACUCGCGCUCAUCGCGUAUUUCCACCGGCUUACGGCGCAGGUCCUCGGCACGCUGGCGGACGUUGUCGAGAGCGACGAAGAUGACGGGGAAGAUGAUGGUACCGCCGCGUUGAUAGAUGACGACGAUGAUGGUGCGGAGGGCCGGGGCGUGCGCGUAAGCAGUGAGGAUGUUGCGCGCAUGGGCCUCGAUGUAUGGAGCGCUGCGGACGCGGCGUUUUUGACGGCGGCUGUGAAGGCGUAUUUUGGUCGUAGGGCCUAUGUUGAGGGGAAGGGGGUCGAAAUUUGUGGUGUUAGAAUUUGUUAGUGAUGGAUGGAUGGAUGGAUGGGUGGGUUGGUCUAAUGGUCGUGAAAUAGGGGGGGUUUGACGAGCUACUUCAACCAAUGGUGGUGGUACGAAGUGAGGGGAGGAGAUAUCCCCAUUGUACAUUAAUAUUGCCCUUCUCGUGGCUAUACGAGAUAGGAUAGGAGGUUCGGGACACGGGAAACCCGAAUGUCGUCUUAGGUAAUGGGUCGCUGGUGUGCUAUCUGUGUAUGCGUAUGAAUUAGUGCGCGUGUGCCUCGUAUAAAGGCCUCGCAGAUGGAAUUGAAUAUAUUACAAAGUAAAGAA